AUGCUCGUACCUAGUUUUGCUUCCAUUGCUGAACACAAUAUCGAUUUCGAAGUGAAUUUCAAUCCUGAUGUGAGUGUCAAUGCACCCAAUCAAGCUCCAUCGCCUCUAUCGGCACUCAACAAUAUCGUAUGCAAUAUAUCAAAUCAAAUUACCGUACCGGUAUCUUCUGCAUACGCUGCAAUGAGUAUGUUUAUUCCAGUAUUGGCUGGCGUAGCGGUCGAUGGUGUUUCUAUUCUCAAUGUGAACAGUCUCAAUCAAGUUGAUCCAUUUUAUCCAUCAGGCAACUUUACACCUGAAGGUGCCGAUCAAUGCCUUUCUCAUCCAACAGGUAUGGGAGAAUAUCACUAUCAUAUUGCCAGUGGAUGUAUGGUAAAUCCUCCUUCGGGAAAUGUCGAUGGAUGUACACCAAUGAUUGGUUGUGCGAAUAAUGUAGCCAAUUAUUCACUUCAAACAUUUUCAUCGUACAAAAAUUUAACUGUGAUUGGCAUAGCAAAAGAUGGUCAUGUCAUUUAUGGUCCAUAUCUGUCAUCGGGUGCACAAGUGACAUCAGGUUUUGACAUUUGUAAUGGGAUGUUCUACGAUUCAAUUGGUAAUUAUGCUUAUUUUGCCACAACCACAUAUCCUUACAUCACUGGUUGUUUUGGUCCAGGGAAUAAAGAAUCGUACGAGACCUUGAUAUCCACUGAUCGUUGGCCGAUACGAAUUAAUAAUAUCAAUAUUAACGUGACACAGCCGAAGUUUAUUCCCGAUUGCUUUGCCCUGGUUGUUCGCUAUGUUCUACUACAAUACAGUGACGAUUAUGUCGAAGAAGAGAUCGAACGAAAUCUUCAAUCACCCGGGAAUAUCAGACGUAUUCAAUAUCGUUUCAGUCGAAGAAUCAACGACUUUCGCUUUAUUGUCAAAGAUUUACGUGAAUACAUUGCAACUUUAAAACUAGGUCGUAUAUCGAUUGGAAGUUCUUACUGCACGGUCCCGCCGUUCCUAGCAGGAAAUCGAUUACAAUAUUGUACUCGAUGUUGGUGUCUAGGCCAUAUAAGAAAUAAAUUCGAAUUUGAGUAUACUCGAUGUCAUAUCUGCCUUUGUAAUCUUGUCGACGGAGAAGCUCAUGAAUGCUCAAGUAUCGCCCGUUGUGCUUAA